CGACAAUGAAUAGUUAACAAGCACUGCUCAUUACACCUUUACCAAAAUAUACACGGCUGUUAGCCGCAUGCUUCUGCAUGAUUGAGAUUACAGUCAUCUCCUUCUAUCUUGGCUACCUGGAGAGAGCCUAAUUGGCACGAUCAUUGUAAGUUGGCCGAGCUGUAUGUACGGUACUGUGCAGCAUCCAUAUCGAGGGUUUGUUCAGCCGCUCAUGAAUCCUAUCUUCUGCGAAAGACAGCAGCAACCACCGCACCUGAGCUGUUAUUCAAGGUACUUCAUGAGGCGAGACAACUUCUCCAUAGCAACUCAAGCAGCAACCAAGGGAACCGUUCUCAUAGCUUAGCAAUUGUUGAUCAAUUGGCAUUUUUCUCAAGUACAGUACGACCUUUGGAGCAACCAUGGCCCAUUGCGGCCGGAGAUCGCAAUCAUCAGGCAAAGAGUGCAGUGACCGUAGCCAUGAGCUCUGUGUGCUUACCUCCAGGGUCGAAAAAGAUGACUGGAAUGGUUUCUGCGAACUAGAGUCCGAACCUGCGCUCUUCAACGUCAUGCUUCGCGAAUUCGGCGUUAAGGGGGUGAAGAUCCAGGAGGUAAUAUCAUUGGAUGAGGAUAUGAUGGCGAUGCUGAACAAGCCGGUCUACGGAUUGAUAUUCUUGUCCCGUUGGCGGGAGGACGACCCCGACAAACAAGAAGCAAGUUGUCCAGAAGGGCUCUGGUUCGCAAAUCAGACGGCGAGUAACGCCUGUGCCACUGUUGCUCUUCUGAAUAUCGUCAACAAUGUUGGAGAUAUUGACCUCGGGGAGAAUCUGCAACACUUCAAAGAAUUCACUAUGUCCUUCACGCCGGCGCUCCGAGGUGAUGCAGUAAGUAACUAUGGAUUCAUUAAACGGAUACACAAUUCGUUUGCGAGGCGAAUGGAUAUCCUCAAUGCUGAUCACCAGCUCAAGUCAGAGACAACAUCAAAGCGAUCUCGCACCCAAUGCGAGCAAGAGGAAGCCGACAUGGCUUUCCACUUCAUCGCCUAUGUCACUGCGUUAGGGAAAGUCUGGAAGUUCGACGGGUUGGAACGUCAACCGCAAGUGCUUGGACCUUGUCAACCUGACGAGGACUGGCUGACCUUAGCCAAGCCCAGCAUUCUCACAAGAAUGAAAGAAUACGAAGAAGGUCAAAUCGAGUUUUCGAUGUUGAGUCUUGGUCAGGAUCCGCUCCCUGGACUGCUUGACAGAUUAGCAAUAAACGUGAAGUCUCUCGAAGUAAUCAACCAACGCUUGACAUCAUCGGCUGAUGCAUUGCCAUUCGAUGCUAUCAAACUCGGGCAUAUCCUUUUGGGGCCUGAUGAGUCCUAUACACUCUCUAGAGAUAUGAUCGAUCGAGCAAUCAUUCCUGCACCACAGGAGCAGGAGAACCGCACUUGUGCAGUCGCGGACCUCAAAACCCUAUGGCACAAGCUCACUGGCAAUCAGCGCACACUCCAAGCGUCCAUUCGGGAAGAACAACAGUCUAGGCAGGCUGAUGAUGAGUACGCGGAAGGUCGGCGCUUUGACUAUAGUCCUGCCAUCCGCACAUGGCUCCGACUCCUAGCCCGCAAGCAAGUCAUUGAGAAGCUGUUGUGAACUCUCGGGAAUCUAUUUUUGAAGUUAAUCAUUACAAUUGCAGUGCGUACAUUAUUGUAGACCAAGCAAGG